AUGGAGCAGCACAAAAAACCUCGGAGUUUUCAUCCAGGCGAAGAAGGCAGGGGAACAAAGUGGACAGUUGAUGGGACCGUUGGUGGUUUCAAUAGUGAGACAGAUGAGGUUGCUUUGGAACAAGUUGAGGAUGAUCAGGUAGGUGAGAGGAAAAAUGGGCACACAAAGCUAUGUGCCAGAGGCCAUUGGAGACCUCAAGAAGAUGCCAAGCUCAAAAUGCUUGUAUCUCAAUAUGGCCCUCAAAACUGGAACUUGAUUGCUGAGAAACUUGAAGGAAGAUCAGGGAAAAGUUGCAGAUUGAGAUGGUUUAACCAGUUAGAUCCCAGGAUUACUAGGAGGGCUUUUAGUGAGGAGGAAGAGGAAAGGCUCUUAACUGCACAUAGAAUGUAUGGUAACAAAUGGGCCAUGAUUGCUAGGCUCUUCCCUGGAAGGACAGAUAAUGCUGUCAAAAACCAUUGGCAUGUGAUAAUGGCAAGGAAACACAGGGAGCAAAGCAGUGUGUACGGGAGGAAGAAGCCCUCUUGUUCAACGGUCAACUUGAAGGGAUAUGUUUUGAAGACUCCCCAAAACUAUGCAUGCAGUGAAUCAACCAUUUCUAGCAACAAUGUUGAUGAAUCUGGAUCUGCAUGCACUGAACUCUCUCUCACGCCUUCAACCAGAGUUCCUCCUGGUCCUGGUUCUAUGUCCAGUUUUAGUCCUGUUCAGCAGGAACAACCAUUUGGGUUACGGAUGGGCUCGUCAGCAGAGGAAAGAGUGGGCAAAAUGAGAAAUGCAAGUCUCGGUCGUUUUUGCGGCAAUGGGCAUAUAGCAACUGUGAGAGAUCUGGAUCAACCUGGUCAUUCAUAUUCGAAAUCAGAAGUUUCUGCAACCGAAUCAGUAGCCAACAACAAUACCAAUCUCUUCAUCUGUUGGGAAAAUGAGAAGGGGAAUGAGAACAAGAAGAUGCACUUCAUUGAUUUCCUUGGAGUAGGUGCCACUUGAGAAAUAGUAGAUUCUGGGAUUUCUGGUUAGAAAAAGAAGAAAAUGAGAAGAAUCAUGAUGUGUCUGGUUAGAAAUUAAUGCCUUUUCUCCAGUUUGAGUCUCUGAUUUGCAGGAAAAAAUUGGUUUCUGCAGAAGGAGGUCAUUCUACAGUGGUGUACAGUUAGU